CCCUCUGCUAGAUUUUCCUUUCAACUACUCCCUAGGUCGUACGUACCCAAACCCCCCUAUAUGCUAAUAAUGGAGAAUUCAUGGAUGGACUUGCUUUCUCAAUGGGAAACGGAUGAUGAUGAUUUAUUCAUUAAUCAAAGCCACGUGAUCUCUUUCAAUGAAGAAAAGUCCCCCAAAGGCAUGAUUUUUCAGCAACAAGUUUUUUCUCCCAAAAGUAAACCCUCUUCCUCUUCUUCUUCUUCUUCUUCUUCUUCUUCUUUCCUUCAAAGCAACUUGAAAUCUUGCUCAUCAUUUUCAACGGGUGGUUAUGUAUUGUCUUUUGAUAAUAACCAUAUUGUUGAACCACGUUACCCUCAAAACCCCUUCUCUAAAAGCGUGGCACAAAGCCAUUGCGUUGAGCCAAAGGCGUUCCCACGAACAAGGCCACGAGUUCACAUAUUGGCCGAGAGAAAAAGGAGAGAGGAAUUGAAUAAGAGCAUCGUGGCACUUUCAGCCACCAUUCUUGGGUUUAAAAAGACAGACAAGGCAAAUGUAGUACGUGAAGCUGUCAAAUAUGUGAAACAACUUGAAGAACGUGUGAACGAGCUAGAAAAUCAAAAGAGAAAGGAAGGUGUGAAUUCAAUAAUACUCACCAAGAAAACGCCACUCUCCAUAAAUAAUAUUGAUCAAGCCAUCACUCAUGGAUGUGUGGAUGUGGAAGAAGAAGUCCUCAAGGUGAAAGUAACUGUUUUAGAUAAGGAAUUGCUCAUUGGAAUUUAUUGUGAGAAACAAAGGCAGACAAUGCUCAAAAUAUUGUCAUUGCUUGAUGAUCUCCAUCUUUCUAUAACCCCUACUAGCGUAUUGCCAUUUGGAACUUCCACUCUUAAAAUUACCAUUAUCGCUCAGAUGGAUGACGAAUAUAACAUGAUAAUUGAUGAUCUAGUAAAAGCACUGCGGCAACGCAUAUUGAAGUCACAGGAUAUGCAAAAGUGAUCCGUGCCAGUGAAUAAAACAAUGGCUCUGAUUGUUGUUUCAAAUGUUGUGUCACGUUUGUGGGUUUUGUUUUCUCCUUCCAGUUUAGUAAAUUCUACAUGAAAAUUUUAGGGUUUUUCUUUACUUAUAUAUUCUAAUUUGAGUUUAUUUUUAGUUUAUUUUUAAUUGAUGUGAAACUAAUUUUUCUGAAUAGGAAAGGUUUUC